GGGCGCUUCCCGCCGGAGCCCCGCCCCCAGUGGCGAGGCUGCGCGCGCCGCGGCAGGUGCGGGCGGGCAGGUGCGGCGCGGCGAGCCACUGCGCCCUGCAGAGACAGCCUGUGGGCACAGCCGCCUUCUCCCUGCUGCUUCUGCCAUGGGCGAGAGUGGGCAGCCCAUCCACCAUGAACUGUGACCCUGCUGGCAUUCCCAGGUGGCCCUGUGUCCCUCGCCCGGGACCUGACAGCCUGGUUGCCUCCACGUUUCUGGUGUGCUUAAUCCUCAUGGAGCUACAUCCGUAACCAUGGUGACGCGGGUCGAAGUUGGCUCUAUAGCAUCCCUGAGGGCGGGGCCGGGCCUUGGUGACAUCAGCAGGGAGGAAGCCCUGAAGAGGUCCUACUUUUGCCAGACUGGAGACGCCCCUGGGGCUCCCUCCACUAGGCUCCUCAGAGCAAAGAGCCCCCUACGGACUCACCUGUUCCCUCUGCCCAUCGCCCCCAAGCCUUUCCUUAAGGACCUUGAGAAGAAGGCUCCUGUCACAUCUUCGUGGCCUGGUGCCUCCCAGUCCUGUCCCUCAGCUGAGACCAACAAGAAGGAAGCUAAAGAGAACGUGGCUAAAAGGAUGCCGAGCUUAGCCGGCCAGGAGGCAGACAGCGGGGAGACCCUGCAGAAUGGCCCGUCCGUCCCUAACAAGGCCACGUUCCUGAGGUCUGGCCCCAGCACCAUGGGCCUCUUUGAAGCGACCAAAGCUGGAUCCAGCCUAGGCAAAGGAACCAGUGAAGGGAACGGGGAGGCCAGCUCCCGGGCAGCCCAGGUGUCUUCUCCCUUAAGUGCCAGGCCUGAGGUGGCCGCCAAGCCUGCCCUCCCCGCCCGAAAGCCCUCAGUGACCGUGCCCAGACCAACCUCCCUGUCACGGGACUCUGGGUCCACUGUAUCCCAGGAGGAGGCAGGCCAAGCCCAACCUUUGCCAAAGGCCCACAGUGUGGAGGACCCUGCUGGCCAGGCUCCAGAGGUCAAGCCUCGCCCGAAGAGACGGCCCAUGUCGGCAGUGUUCAGCGACUACCUGCAGCCCCCCAAACCAGGCCCGGGUGGAGCGGCAGCCAUGGGAAAAGUCCCUCCUAUACCUCCGGAGAAGACGUGGGUGAGGAAACCCAGGCCCCUGUCUAUGGACCUGACGGCUGUGUUUGAGAGUAGAGAUACAUUGCUGAGGAAGGCGGCCAGUGAGCAGAGCCCAGCAGAGGCCCAGGGCCCAGAGAGGACCAGCAUGGAGCUCAGGGGCGAUGCAGAGGGCCCUGCCUGCAUAGACGCCACCCCUCAGGACCCGGAUUCGGACUUCCAGGAGGUGGCCAAGAAGAUCCACGCACGGAGGGAGAAGGCCCUUCUUAAGCAGACAGACGCAGACAGUCCCAGGACCCCCAGGGCCAGGGCUGUCCCUGGAGACGAUCAGAGUCCCCAGGCUGAGGGAAAACCAGACCAGCAGUCACAGAAGGCGCUGGAGUCCCCUUUGCCCAGGCCAGGAAGAGGCCUGGGGCUGGCCCAGGUCAAGGGUGGCAUGUCCAACCAGGAGGCUCCUGCAGGGAUGGAGAGGAAGUCUGCCGGGAGCAUCAGGAAACGCCUCAGCCUGUUUGAGGAGAGCAGCACUGUGGCCUCCGCAGAGCUGUCUGAGCCCUCCCCUGUGACCCCCGAGUCCCCGUCCACAGUGCCAGAGACUGAGAGAGCUGGUGUGAAUGUUCAGGCUCGGAUCAAGGGCUGGACUGUGGAGAGCGCAGGGGUGAAGCCAGAGGUCAGGAGAAGGGCCUCUCAGGGGCGGCCAUUGCCUGCCGAUUUGACCAAACUGUUCUCACGGUCACCUUCCAGCAGUGAGGUCGGAUACGAGAAGUGUGCCGUGCUUGCUGAUGAGCUCUCCGGGGAGAGGGGAGGAAAGGGAAAGGAGCUGGCGUGGAAGGGCAGUGAUGGCUGCUCUGAUGGUACCCUAGAGGCUGCAGCCAUGCAACAAGGGGUCUCCGAAGGCUGGGACUUGAUACAGGCUGCCCUUAAAUUUCAGGGCUUGGCUUCAGGGGCAUUCGGUUUCUCUCCUAAGGAAGGGCAUGGUUUGGAUGGAGCCACUGCUACAAAAAGUCCCUGGAAGUCUGGAGUACCUCAGAAGUCUAGGCAGACCGAACCCAAAGAUGCCUCUGACCGGGAAGACCCUGACCAGUAUCCGCGUGUGCGCUCAACAGGAGACCCGGGCCCUUCUGAAGUCAGUCCGGAAGAUGAUGGGAGCUUCCAGAAGGUGUGGGCCACGGUAUUUGAGCAUCAUGUGGAGAGGCACACAGUGGUUGACCAGGCAGGCCGCUGUCCCUCACCAACACCCCCUCAUGACACGGCUGACAUCCCGGAUCCCAAACCCAGGCCUGAGAAAGGCUACUGGCUAGGGAAGGACCCUCCAACAGUGAUGAACAAGAGAGACAGCCCCGGGUGGUCCGACCAUGCCGACCCAGGGAUGCUGGGACGAGCCGUUCUUGUGGAUGUGGAGCCGAGGCAGUAUCCCACAUCUGUCCCUGAGGCGCACCCCAUGGGAGGAGGGCACAGUGGUCACCCCGUCCUGAGGCGUCUGGAAAGUCCCCCGGUGUCCCAGAGGAUCCAGCCCAAGUAUGACAUUGUGCAUGCCUCAGGGGAACGAGCUCACAGCGAAGCGGUUUCCAGGGUGCCCGAGGAGAAGGCGGUGACGCUGCGCAGUGGCAGACCCCGGCGCUCGCUGCAGGGCCGGCAGCUGUCCCAGGAGGUCAGCUGUACUCACCUGGAGUAUGCUGUGCAGGCUCAUGGGGGCGCCGUCCAAAGGGCAAGUUCAAUGUGGGAAGCUCGGGGCCUGGGACCUAGUGGGCCAAAGCUAGACUGUCAGCAGCCAAGGGAUGGAUUUGGGGGUGGUUGCCCGUCCUCCAAAUGGACAGGGGAAAGGGCGGUGGCAAGCUGGCACAGUACCUCUGUGGUCAGCAAAGAUCUCAGUGCCCCCCACAGGGGUCCAUCCUGGGAUGGCUCUUCAAGUCCUCCAUCCAGGGCCACCAUCGAGCCCGGUGACUCCCUAGGACGGGAGAGACCGGACUCAUUGUCUCUGCCGGAAAGUCCCCUUGAAGUUGCCUGUGAGGAUGACCCAAGGCUGGUUCAGGCAUUCCCGCCCGAAGUCAGGAUGCGGCGAUCCAACCCUUCAGAGCCGAGGAUGGACAGGUGGAGGCGGCGGACUCUGCCCCACGAUGUGAAGUUUGACACAUUCAGCCUCCUCACGCCAGAGAACACUUCCAGAAGGCAGCAGAGACCUGCAGAUGACGCGACCUCCCCAGCCUGCGCCUUACAGAGGUCUCCGUUGUCCCACCACCAGGCACAGACUCAGGAGGUGGCGCCAGGUGCCUCGCAAUGUAGGACUUACCCAGUGGAGAAGCCGGGGCCAUCUGCUGAGCCCAGUGCAACUUUCUUUGCCGUCACUUACCAGAUUCCUGAUAUUCAGAAGGCCAAGAGUGUUGUUAAGCCAGGGCCUGGAAAUGUGUCGGAACCUUCUAGGAGAAUGGCUCCCCCUCUGUCUCCUCGCUCUUCCGUGACCACUGUGGUUUCUCCUAGCCUUGAAGAGCCAUGGGCUCCUACCAGCAGUAAGGGCUUGGCUAAGGGGAGAGAAUAUGAAGAAGUAAAGAACCUUCCAAAGUCCCCAAAGGCCACAGAUCAGCCGUCAUCUGCUGCAGACAGGACUCUGGGUCCUCCCAGGGACAGAGUCAUUGAUGUGGAUGCUCUGGGGACUCAUCGAGGCUCAGAAGAUGGCACUGUGAGGGAUAGCAGGAUCAGGGCGUCCUCGGGAGUGGAUGCCCCACAGACCUCCCCGGUCCUGAGGCGCCCCAAAAGCCUCCUGGUUAGAAGGAGAACAGAGGUGAUCAGCGAGACGUUCCCAGGGAAGAUGAGAGACGGCUACAGGUCUGGCGUCCUUGACAUCGAUGCUCUAAUGGCCGAGUACAAAGAACAAUCAAGCAGGGUCCCCAGCAAGGUCCAGGAGCAGAGGGACAGUGGCUCUCCUCAGGAGAGAUCAGGUUGGCCCAAAGAAGCGGAGUGGAGACAGAGGAGCCUGAAGGACGCUCCCUGGUCAGACAGUGUUGGGAGACAAGCAGGGGCCUCGGUGAAAACUCCCAAGUCCCCUGGCCCUAGCAAGCAGCCGGCAGAGCCCCCAGCGACAGCCAUGACCACCAAGUCUGGCCUGCCACUAUGGGCACCGCCACAGUCGGCUUCUGCGGAAAACUCUUCUCCACCCUCCCCCGUCCCUGCUGCCUCCAGGAGACAGUCCUCAGGCAUCACUGAGUUUGAAAGCAAGCCCUCCUCCAGUGACCACCAGGAGACAAAGUAUAAGCAAGGCCCAGCCAAGUCCCAGGACGCGGGCAGGGGGGACAGAAUCUCCCCCAGGUCACCUCCCUCUGACCAGAAGAAAGGGACGCCGAAGAGAUGCACUGGUCCGGUAGUAGACGGCAAUGGGGUGCAGCGAGGAAACCCUCCACGUGGCUGCAUUUCAUCGCCGCUGGACAUCAAGAGGGCCUGCUCAGAGAAGGGCCCACCAGCCAGGGUCCUGGAGGGCCUGUCCAUCAUGCAGGACGCCAGGCAGCGUAGACAAGAGCAGCCCCGAGGGAAGCCAGCUCUCCCUGCUGAGACUCCCAGGGCCACACCGGGGCCCUGCCGAAAGGAGGCAAGGAAGCCAGAUGGCCUUAAGGUCGCCUUGUCUUCCAAGCAGAGCACAGCCGAGAGUUGCAGCAAAGUUCCUCAUCCCCAGAUGUGUGGGAGAGGAAUCCGAGGGUCUAGCCUGGCUGGGCCUCGAGGCCUGCUGCACAAAGGGGCUGUGCCUCUGCAGAACCCAGAGCAGGGGGAAGGUCUGCAGGAUGGCCGGCAGUCUCUCGGGCAGGUGACCCCUGUAGCCUCUGUCCCCAGGCGGAGUCACAGCUUUUGCAAGGACAAGAGGAGCGGCGGUCCUUUCGUGGGUGGAGGUAGACAGGCCACCCGGUUCCGCCCACACUGGGUGCCGGCCUCAGAACAGCUGCUUGCUGCUGUCACAGCUGGUCUCCACCCGGACAAGUUGUCCUACUGUGAAAGGAAAAUGUCCCCCAUCCUGAGGAGUUCUGCCGAGGCCUGGGAGGGCAAACGUCUUUUCCCGGUCCCGUGCAUCUUCCCACGGGUGUGGUGUCCCAUCUGCCCACGCCCUAUGGUCUCCUAG